UCUGAUUCUGAGGGGAUUAAACACCGCCAUGAGAGAGCUUGUUGUUGUUGUUUACAGUAGUGAGCGGCUAACUAGCUAAAUUAAUACGGACUAUGUCGCCAUGGCUGCUAGCUUUGUACUAUGAGUGUCGACGCGGCAUAUUCAUUAAAACAUUGCGAGGGAACGAGAAGGACGAAAGUGCUAAAUAAGUCACAUUGGACUUGUGGUUGUGGAGAGUAAAUAUUAGAAAUUCCAGGUUGACAGUAUCCAAUGGACUGAAAACCUGAAGCAGCUGCAGCACAAGUGAAGAGGGCAGGAAACCAUGCUCCGCUGUAGACGGUGUCGGAAAAGCGUCCUGGACCUGACAUGCUUGUCAACAGCUGCAGAUGAAGGUUCAUCUGCAGGGUGCACUAUUUUUCAUGUGAAUGUUGACAAGUUGCCAGAGUGGAUGCUGACCUCAGUUCACCAGGCCCAUUGGACUGUAGGAAAACUGAACUGCUAUAACUGCGGAGCUCGUCUGGGCGGCUUCAACUUCCUUAAUCGCACCGAGUGUCCAUGUGGCCAAGACGCCACCGUCCACCUCAACAAAAGCCGCGUGGAUCAAGACCACAGACACUAUGUCCUCUCUGUCCAGCCCAGGAGGACGGAGCCUGGGAGGAGACACGCUGGUCUGCUGACAGACGGCUCUCGGAGUAGAGGAGAGAGGCCUCAAAUGAACCGGACUGCUCUGGACAGUUUACAGCUCAACUGCACUGCCGUCAUGUCUCACAUCAGUCCUGAUACGAGACACCAGGCUGAAAACACUCAGCCUUUUUCUUUCAGUCCUUUUUACUGCAUCUCUCACAGGAGAAGGUGCAGUUUGGAGGCGGAAGGAGACUUCAGGUCAUGUUUUUGCCCUGUAGGCCCUGUGGACAUGUCCACUGUUGAUUUAAUGAGGACGGGCUCAUCCGUUUCAUAUCCCGACGAUGAAGCCUUGAUUAACGUCGCUCCUCGCCGUUCAGCUAUUUCUGGAGGUGUGCGGUCACAGAUGCAUCAACAGCUACAGCCAGCUGAGGAGGACGAGGACUCAAAUGCAGUCCUCGAGGAGGUUUCUGACUCGGUUCUGUCUUUCAGAAGGAGAUCCGUCUCUGAUGGAGCAGCUGAGCUGGAAGAGGAAGUUUUGCUUCAAGCCUCGGUGGUCUUCCCGGCCUCGAUAAGACUGAGCAAAAGAGAGAAGAAUCGUCUGAAGAGUCAGCGGAGGAAACAGAGGAGGAGAGAGAAAUGGCUGCACAGUCAGCUGGAGAAGGAGCAGACGGAACGUGUGACCGGAUCACCGUCGGACGGCGAGGAGGAGGGCGGGGAGGGGCUCACCUGCGCCGUGUGUCUGGACAUCUACUUCAGUCCAUACAGCUGUCAGCCCUGCGGUCACGUCUUCUGUGAGCCGUGUCUCCGCACGCUCGCCAAAAACCGGCCCACGAACACACCCUGCCCUCUGUGCCGCACCCUCAUCUCACACACCAGCUUCCACGAAGAGCUCAACCAGACAACAAAGACUUUCUUUCCAAAAGUCCACGUCACCCGGAAGCAGAACUUCCAGAACGCCUCGUGUGCAAAAUGGCCUCUGCCCAGCUUCCGCAAAAACUUCCGGUCCUUCUGGGAAUAUCAGAGAAACGCAGCGACUGCAGGGAGAGGCGGGCACGCGGCCCACCGAGGCUUCACACUAGAAGCUCUGCAGUUCAACGACAUGUGCAGCUGGCUCUUCGACAUCGGCCUGGUCAUCAUCUGCGUUCACUCAUUCAACUGGAUCCUCGCCUUCCUGCUCUUCUCUGUCCUGUUGUACUACUUUUUCUGAAAAAUCAAGUAGUGCUGCAGGGUUUGCAGCACAGGUUUAUAUUCCUUUAAAAAGGGAGGGUAGAAAAAGUUUUUGUGGUUUCUCUCAUUCAGUCGCAUGUUGGGCCUUUUUCUAUUUUAUUACAGACAUGAUGAAGCUAAAAGUCGACAACGUGGGUUAACUGGCUACAUGUCGACUUGAAAAGAGACUUUAUUUUCCCUGGAUGAUGAGACAUCAGAAUUAAUACUGUGGUUUCUGAGAGUUGGAUGACAAAGUCUGUAAAUUAUUUCCCAAAGUCAUGAGCAUCUAAAGCAUUUUUACUUGUGCAGGUCAAACACACAGCAAAUAAGAUGUCACCAGGUCUUCAUACAAUAAAGGGAUAACUGACUCAAAAAUGGACCAAAUGUUAAAUAUCUGCAUUUGUAAGCUACACAUCCAUUUAACAUCUUUUUUUUUUUAUCACAUUCAGUGAUGUAGUAAAAACAUUUAUCAGACCCUCUCUGUGUUUUCAGUAUUUAAAUACAUCUGAAUUUCCAUAAAACUGUUUGCAUAAAUAUGUUUUUGAGUUUAUGUCAUCAGGAAAUAACAAAUCUGUAACAGCAACCUAAACGCAGCCCAUUUAGUCCACAUUCAUAGAUUUUUAAGUCCUUUAACGAAGUCGCCGAGCUUUAAAAUGGCAGCUGCUGUGUUUCAGUUUUGGUUUUGUUGAUAUUAUUGAGUGCAGUCAGCUUGAUGUGUUGCUUCUGCUUACUGUGAAGAGUAAAGGUAAAAAAAAUCUUCGCCCUCAGAGGAGCUUUAAAGUCACUGAUUAGUCAGUUAUGAGGAGUAUAACCAGGAUGGUUAAAGAUACAGAGGGAGGGUUAUAAACCUUGGAACAGCUUUACAUUAAAAAGGUUAUUUACCAAAACAAACAAACAAACAAACAAAAAAAAUCAUGUUCCAUCAAUAUAAAUUAUUUUCCAUUUUAUAUCUUGUAUAUAAAAUGUUAAUCACAGAGCCGUAGUACCAAUCCAGACAUACAGUUGCUGAAACUUGCUUUACUCUCUUUCUAAAAUGGUGAAGUCUAAACAAAGUUGAUGCUGCAGCAAAUUCAGGAAAA